GAGGGAGAGAGGGAGAGAGAGACAGAGAGAGAGAGGGAGAGAGAGACAGAGAGAGAGAGGGAGAGAGAGAGAAGACCAGCAGAAGAGGCUGUUAAGACUGCGCUACACCUCAGCAGCUAGCUUUGGCUAUCGUCUGUGACCGUGUUUUUCCCUCCGCUGGUUUGCCUAAUUUAUUCAAGCCGGGGCCGGAGGAGAGCAGGAGGAAGGAGAUUGUGACUGUGCUUAAGGGAAUGCAGAGAGACUUGGGCCUCGAGUCGUUACUGCUGGAUGGACAAGCACUGACAAAACAAGGGAGAGAAAGAGACAGAAAAAGAGAGAGAAGAGGGGAGACUUGCUAGGAGGAACUUGCAUUCUGUUUAAGGGAUAGUAGAGAGUAUUUUCCUCCUUUUUUCAACUGUGUUUUCACUGCGUUUGUUCUGGUGGUUUGAACUAUUGAAGCCACAGAUAUAUGGGCGCAAGAGAGGAACAAGAAACAGAUGCUGCUUCACAACAGACAGAGCAAGGGGACAUCACUGCACUUUGAACUUUCCCAGACUAGCAGGACCAGAAGGAGCUGUUUUAUCAUUUCUGUGUUUUAAAUAGCAAGCCUAUAGAAUCAGUCUGCCUAUAGAUUCAGUCUGCCUAUAGAUUCAGUCUGCCUAUAGAUUCAGUCUGCCUAUAGAUUCAGUCUGCCUAUAGAAUCAGUCUGCGUUAGAUUCAGUCUGUCUAUAGAUUCAGUCUGCCUAUAGAUUCAGUCUGCCUAUAGAUUCAGUCUGCCUAUAGAUUCAGUCUGCCUAUAGAUUCAGUCUGCCUAUAGAAUCAGUCUGCGUUAGAUUCAGUCUGUCUAUAGAUUCAGUCUGCCUAUAGAUUCAGUCUGCCUAUAGAUUCAGUCUGCCUAUAGAAUCAGUCUGCGUUAGAUUCAGUCUGUCUAUAGAUUCAGUCUGCCUAUAGAUUCAGUCUGCCUAUAGAUUCAGUCUGCAUUUGACGCAGUCUGCAUUAGAUUCAGUCUGCCUAUAGAUUCAGUCUGCAUUAGAAUCAGUCUGCCUAUAGAUUCAGUCUGCGUUAGAUUCAGUCUGUCUAUAGAGUCAGUCUGCAUUAGAUUCAGUCUGCCUAUAGAUUCAGUCUGUCUAUAGAGUCAGUCUGCAUUAGAUUCAGUCUGCCUAUAGAUUCAUUCCGCCUAUAGAUUCAGUUUGCAUUCGAUGCAGUCUUCAUAAGAUUCAGUCUGCCUAUAGAUUCAGUCUGCCUAUAUAUUCAGUCUGCCUAUAGAUUCAGUCUGCAUUCGUCUCAGUCUGCAUUUGAUUCAGUCUGCCUAUAGAUUCAGUCUGCGUUAGAUUCAGUCUGUCUAUAGAUUCGGUCUGCCUAUAGAUUCAGUCUGCCUAUAGAUUCAGUCUGCCUAUAGAUUCAGUCUGCCUAUAGAUUCAGUCUGUCUAUAGAUUCAGUCUGCCUAUAGAUUCUGUCUGCAUUAAAUUCAGUCUGCAUUAAAUUCAGUCUGUUUAUAGAUUCAGUCCGCAUUAGAUUCAGUCUGUCUACAGAUUCAGUCUGCCUAUAUUCAGUCUGUCUAUAGAUUCAGUCUGCAUUAGAUUCAGUCUGCAUUAUAUUCAGUCUGCCUAUAGAUUCAGUCUGCCUAUAGAUCCAGUCUGCCUAUAGAUUCAGUCUGCAUUAGAUUCAGUCUGCAUUCAUCUCAGUCUGCAUUAGAUUCAGUCUGCGUUAGAUUCAGUCUGCCUAUAGAUUCAGUCUGCCUAUAGAUUCAGUCUGCGUUAGAUUCAGUCUGAGUUAGAUUUAGUCUGCCUAUAGAUUCAGUCUGCAUUAGAUUCAGUCUGCAUUCAACUCAGUCUGCAUUAGAUUCAGUAUGUCUAUAGAUUCAGUCUGCAUUAGAUUCAGACUGCCUAUAGAUUCAGUCUUCCUGUAGAUUCAGUCUGCCUAUAGAUUCAGUCUGCCUGUAGAUUCAGUCUUCCUGUAGAUUCAGUCUGCCUAUAGAUUCAGUCUGCCUGUAGAUUCAGUCUGCCUAUAGAUUGAGUCUGCCUGUAGAGUCAGUCUGCCUGUAGAGUCAGUCUGCCUGUAGAUUCAGGCUGCGUUAGAUUCAGUCUGCCUGUAGAUUCAGUCUGCCUGUAGAUUCAGGCUGCGUUAGAUUCAGUCUGCCUAUAGAUUCAGUCUGCCUAUAAAUUCAGUCUGCCUGUAGAUUCAGUCUGCCUAUAGAUUCAGUCUGCCUGUAGAUUCAGGGAGUGUUAGAUUCAGUCUGCCUAUAGAUUCAGUCUGCCUAUAGAUUCAGUCUGCCUAUAGAUUCAGUCUGCCUAUAGAUUCAGUAUGGUUGUUCUCUGGAUUCAUCUAUUGUCUUUGAGUAUUGGCUGUCUGGGGAGAUAGGAUAGUUCUGCCAAGCUAGUGAAACCAAAAGUGCUGUUUAUACAAGUUUGUGAGGGUGUGAGCAUGUGUAAACUGUGAACCAAACAUAGACUACUAGCAACAGACCAAAGACAAAGUCAUUCAACCUUCUAAUGGGGGUUGAAUGACAGAAAUCCAUUUCUAGCAUUCUCUGAAUCUCUGCUUGUAUCUGAAAUUCUUGACAGAAAUGAGUUCUCUGUUUUCUAACUGCUGAGCUAAAACUGUGCUUCUGCCUGUUAGAUAGAUAGAUGGCACUUUCUACACAGCCCAGAACUGGUCUGACUAGUUCGUAAGUAGUAAAGUAAUCCUACGGAAGUGGUGUUUUUUUCCCUCUGGGAGGGACAGAGAGAGAGAGGGAUAGAGAGAAAGAGGGAUAGAGGGAGAGGCAGAGAGAGAGAGAGAAAGAAAGAGAGGGAUAGAGGGAGAGACAGAGAGAGAGACAGAGAGACAGAGAAAGAGAGAAAGAGAGAAAGAGAGACAGAGAGACAGAGAGAGAGAGAGAGAGAGAGAAAGAAAGAGAGGGAGAGACAGAGAGAGGGAGAGAGAGGGAGAGAGAGAGGGAUAGAGGGAGAGACAGAGAGGGAGAGAGAGGGGGAGAGAGAGAGAGAGAGAGAGGGGGAGAGAGAGAGAGAGACAGAGAGAGAGGGAGAGAGGGGGAGAGAGCCUAAGCCUCUAAGUGUAAUGUAUUGUUUUCUGUGAAAGGGCAGGCUGCACCCUUUUCCCCCUCCUGAACUCUGAACCGCUCGUUGUGUCAGAACUUUUAGGAGGAGUCAUUGACUUGGGUCACAGGAAAGACAGGGGAGAGAAGGAGAAGAAAAGGAGAGCGACAGUAGAGAAGUAGAGCAGUGAGAGGGACCUCCGGGUCAUUUCACAGAGACAGAAGGGGAAAGAGGUCAACUCUAUUACUUUUCCUGGAAGUGAACUCAAAAACAUAUUUAGUAUGAUUAGAAACUAAAGUGUUAUAGCUGAAGAUUUUCAGAGAAAAGAGGAGAGCACUCGGUGAGUGGACAGGCGUGUGUAAGAGAGAGUGUGUGUGUCGGCCGUUUAGCUCAGAUAUGGCCAUGGUGAGCGGGGGAUGGGGCAAUCCUAACCGGGAGACCAACGGACUGGGUGGGGAGAAGGCUUACCUGCGUGGAGAUGAGGAGGGCUCGCCCCAGGCCGGGAGCGAUGUGGAGGUGGGAGACGAAGACAAGGCGUGCGUGGUGGACUGCGUGGUGUGUGGGGACAAGUCCAGUGGGAAACACUAUGGGGUGUUCACCUGCGAGGGUUGCAAGAGCUUCUUCAAGAGGAGCAUCAGAAGGAACCUCAACUACUCCUGCAGGUCGAAUCGAGAAUGCCAGAUAGACCAGCAUCACCGCAACCAGUGCCAAUACUGCCGGCUGAAGAAAUGUUUCCGUGUUGGCAUGCGCAAAGAAGUCCAGCGUGGGCGUAUACCUCCAUCCCACUCAGGCAUCAGUCCCACUUCUUUGGUCGGCGGAGGUGGUGGUACUGGGGCCGGGCCAGUAGGGGGCGAAUUCUUCAACGGCCAGCCUGUGUCUGAGCUCAUCUCCCAGCUGCUCCGUGCUGAACCGUACCCCAGCAGCCGCUACGGUCCCCAGUAUGGCCAGCAGCAGCAGAUGCAAGGUGCUGGAGGAGGCUCCGUCAUGGGCAUCGACAACAUCUGUGAGCUGGCGGCACGCCUCCUCUUCAGCACCAUCGAGUGGGCCAGGAACAUCCCCUACUUCCCUGAGCUGCCCGUCUCUGAGCAGGUGGCUCUGCUGAGACUGAGCUGGAGCGAGCUGUUCAUCCUGAACGCAGCCCAGUCCGCCCUGCCACUACACAUGGCCCCACUGCUGGCCGCCGCCGGUUUCCACUCCUCGCCCAUGUCAGCAGAGAGGGUGGUGUCCUUCAUGGACCAGGUGAGGGUGUUCCAGGACCAGGUGGACAAGCUGACCAGACUUCAGGUGGACUCGGCAGAGUACAGCUGCCUCAAGGCCAUCGCUCUCUUGUCUCCAGAUGCGUGUGGUCUGACAGACCCCAUCCACGUAGAGUCUCUGCAGGAGAAGGCCCAGGUGGCUCUGAUGGAGUAUGAGAGGAUGCAGUACCCGGGUCAACCCCAGCGCUUCGGCCGUCUGCUCCUCCGCCUGCCUGCCCUCAGGGCCGUGCCCGCCAACCUCAUCUCCCAGCUGUUCUUUAUGCGCCUGGUGGGCAAGACGCCCAUCGAGACCCUCAUCAGGGACAUGCAACUCUCUGGGAGCUCCAUUAGCUGGCCUUACGUCCCUGGGCAGUGAGGACAGGAGCCUGGGACCCACAGGACCCUGGAGGAACCUGGAAACUGGAACCCAGAAUGGGAUGGAGAGGGAUUAGCCACUGAUGUCAUUAAUGUCUAAAUUCUUGAGGAUUUAGUAGAGGAGGACUAUACUGCUACUCACUCACACAGAGUCAAACACUGAGCUUCCAGUGAAUGGAGCUGGACUCAAACCAUUGGUAGUUUAGCUGUCCGUGUAUUCCAAGGAAAUUAUUCAUUUGUCUUGGAGUAUAUUUCCUGAUCUGUAUCAUGACCUCUCUGAAUGACCUGUCUGAAACACAGAACAGGGUUCUAGAACACAGAACAGGGCUCUGAAACACAGAACAGGGCUCUGAAACACAGAACAGGGCUCUGAAACACAGAACAGGGCUCUGGAACACAGAACAGGGCUCUGAAACACAGAACAGGGCUCUGAAACACAGAACAGGGCUCUGAAACACAGAACAGGGUUCUAGAAUACAGAACAGGGCUCUGAAACACAGAACAGGGCUCUGAAACACAGAACAGGGCUCUGGAACACAGAACAGGGCUCUGAAACACAGAACAGGGCUCUGAAACACAGAACAGGGCUCUGAAACACAGAACAGGGUUCUAGAAUACAGAACAGGGCUCUGAAACACAGAACAGGGCUCUGGAACACAGAACAGGGCUCUGGAACACAGAACAGGGCUCUGGAACACAGAACAGGGCUCUGAAACACAGAACAGGGUUCUAGAAUACAGAACAGGGCUCUGAAACACAGAACAGGGCUCUGAAACACAGAACAGGGCUCUGAAACACAGAACAGGGCUCUGGAACACAGAACAGGGCUCCGGAACACAGAACAGGACUCCGGAACACAGAACAGGGCUCUGGAACACAGAACAGGGCUCCGGAACACAGAACAGGGCUCCGGAACACAGAACAGGGCUCCGGAACACAGAACAGGGCUACAAAACACGGAACAGGGCUCUGAAACAGAGAACAGGGCUCUGGAACACAGAACAGGGUUCUAGAAUACAGAACAGGGCUCUGAAACACAGAACAGGGCUCUGAAACACAUAACAGGGCUCUGAAACACAGAACAGGGCUCUGGAACACAGAACAGGGUUCUGGAACACAGAACAGGGUUCUAGAAUACAGAACAGGACUCUGGGACACAGAACAGGGCUCCGGAACACAGAACAGGGCUCCGAAAUACAGAACAGGGCUCUGAAACACAGAACAGGGCUCUGAAACACAGAACAGGGCUCUGAAACACCGAACAGGGCUCUGAAACACAGAACAGGGCUCUGGAACACAGAACAGGGUUCGAGAAUACAGAACAGGGCUCUGAAACACAGAACAGGGCUCUGGAACACAGAACAGGGCUCUGAAACACAGAACAGGCCUCUGAAACACAGACUGUAACUAAAGGCCCAUUGCCACUACUACCUCCAUCCCCAUGGCGCCCCACGCGACUCUGACCCCAGGCUCUGUGUGGCUCUCUGGCUGCUGUGUUAGGCCCCUGGGUCUCAUGUGGGACCCUAUUCCCCUUAGCUACAGUGCAUAGGGCUCUGGUACUCAAACAUAGUGCACUGUGAAGGGAAUAGGGUGCCAUUUGAGAUUCAGACACAGGGAUUAUGAAGCCACAGCCACGCCACAUACUGCCAUUUUAUUGUGUUUUGUCCUGAGCUCUCUAUUCAUGUAAAUCGUUGAGUUUGAUUUACAUUCAUGUUGAGCUUAUAGUGUAAAAUGUCAUGUGUACAUUAUGCAUAUGUGGUCAUGUUAAAUCUCUGAAUGUUAUGCAAAUAGCGGGCUCUCUCCAUAGUAUAAGCAAUAGCAUACAUGCUACAGUGCAUGCUAUGGUGCCCGAACACUUGCACAAGCUAGCAGAGGUGAAUGUAUAUGAUAGAUAUCCCCUCACACGCAUCCUGAGUCACAACGAGUCACCCCUGUCUUAUACGUUGUUACCUCAAGGUUUAUACCAAUGACAGAGAUUGUAUAGUGGAUUACCUGAUAAUAGAACCCUUGCAUUCUUAAACGGAACUAAGAACCCUCCGUGAUGUGAUCGAUGACAAACACAAAGGGAUGAAAGCCUUGUACACACCAGCAUUAUGUCAUUAGCCUGAAAGUAAACUAACUGUAGGGUUGACCCUUGUCAUAAGGCCUAUCGGAAGGCUAGGUGGAGCCAUGACCGUACUGCUUAGACCUGAAGGGUAGGGGGCUAGGGGAAGCUGUUGCUUUCAGAUCAGACAUUUCAUGUGAUUGUCAUACAAUGUAACUAAAGGUACAGACCCCUUUAAGGACUAAAGGGUAUGCUGUGUAUUAACAGUAAAACUACGGUACAGUGCACAAGGCUGUGUGCAUACUCUUAGUGAUAUUGGCCUGGACUGCAAUUUCAUGUGACAAUGCUUCUUUUUUUUUUUUUUUGGCCAAAUGACUUACUCAGAGUGGACGUAUGAAUACCUGAAAUCAAAGAAUCUGUUUUACUCUGAUGGGAUUUUGACUAACGACUUCAUUGUGUAGUUCUACAUAAGAAUCAUGUUUUUAUUGCGAUGUCAAACCAAAAUGUAAAGAUAAUUGCUACUGCUGACCAUGGCUAUUUUUGCAUUACUAAAAAUAAAGUAUAAGUACUCUUA